AUGGAGUAUGUUAAAUUGCUUGGUCCCUUACUCGGUCCCUCGUGGCCAUAUCUAAAGCCGUUUCUGUAUAAACUUGUGCCUUACGAAAUCAGAGAUGCACACCUAGCUAAAGAUAUUAAUAAGUUGCAGAAGGUGAAAAGCAUGGUGCAAGAUAAAGUUAGAGAUGAAGAAAAUCGAAUUGAGAUACCUAUUAUUGGUGAUAUCAUAAAAUGGUUGGAUGAGGUAGAUGAGGUCAUUUCUGACUAUGAAGAUUUCUUGGAUGAUGAAGACCGUCCUUAUGCCUUGUACUCCGAUGGCUACCUUCCUAAACCCUCUAUAAGGUAUCGUCUAAGCAAAAUAGUGAAUGAUAUUGCAAAUAGGGUCCGUGUACUGCUGCACACCUCAAAUGAUGCUGAUUUUUCUCGUUGGUUGGGAUUACCAUCCUAUGAUGUUGAUUUUGAUAACAUUGACUCGAGUGUUGGAAUGAUUGGAGUUUAUGGCGGAAGUGGUGUGGGAAAGACUAGUUUGAUGAAAGAAAUUGUUAAGAAAGUAAAAGGCAACAUGUUUGAUGUGGUGAUCAUGGUGAACAUAACAAGUCGUGUUGACAUAAAAAGAAUUCAAGAACAAAUUGCUAAGAAGUUGGGGAUGAAAUUGGAAGGGGAAUCUGAAAGCAAAAGAGCAGCUCACUUACAAGAGAGAUUGAAUGAUCCGCGGGAGAAAACCCUUAUAGUCGUAGAUAAUGUGGAGGUUAAACUGGAUUUCAACAUGUUGGGAAUUCCAACCGAGAACAAUGAUGAUAGCAAGGUGAAUCACAGAAUGAAAGAUAUUUCAGCUCGCCGCAAUUAUGCAUUGAAAAUUGAAGAAUUUGAUGAUUCCAUUUUGAGGAAGGUGGAAGAUCCUCUUGCUAAAUACAAAGGAUGCAAAAUUUUGAUGAUUUCCAAGAGUGAACAGCUUUUGUUGAGACAGAUGGAUGGGAAAGCAAUUCAAACAUUUUGUGUAAAAGCAUUGACCGAAAAGGAAGCAGAGAAGAUGUUUAAGGCCAUGUCUGGGAUAGAUAAUGAAAAUUCUCUGUUUAAAGCAUUAGCUGCUCAAAUUUCAAAGAAAUGUAAAGGGGUGCCCAUGAGAAUUGUAGCAACUGCAAAGGCAUUAAAAAACAAAAGCCUUCUGGUAUGGGAGGAUGCAUAUCGAAACCUUGAAAGGCAAAACUUAACAUCAGUGCAAGAAUUUUCAACAAAGCUGAGUUAUAAUCUUCUAGAAAACGACGAGCUCAAACACACUUUGUUAGUUUGUGCUCGGAUGAGCCAUGAUGCAUCACUUACCGACUUGGUGAGAAACUGCAUUGGUUUAGGUUUACUUCAAGGAAUUUACACUGUUAGGGAAGCCAAAGAUAGAGUACAUGCGUUGGUUGCAGAGUUGAAGGAGUUAAGUUUGUUGUCUGAUAGUUUAUCGAGUGAUCGUUUCACCAUGCAAGAUAUUAUCCGCGAUGCAGUUUUGUCAAUAGAAUCACAACAUAUGCAUGCUUUUGCACUAACAAAGGGAAAACUAGAAGAAUGGCCCGACAAGGACAAGCUUGAAAGGUACACUGCGAUUUCCUUACAGAAUUGCGAUGUCACUGACAUGAUGAAGAAGUUUCCUGAAAGCAUAGACUGUUUUAGACUUAGAGUCUUCCAUCUUGACAACAAGGAUCCACAUCUAGAAAUACCCGACAACUUUUUUAUAGGAAUGAAAGAACUCCGGGUGUUGAUAUUGAUUGGCGUUCAUCUAUCAUAUUUACCUUCAUCAAUUGAGUACUUGAAAAAACUCAGAAUGCUUUGUUUGGAACAGUGCAAGUUAGGUGAGAAUUUAUCUAUCAUUGGACACUUGGAGACACUAAGAGUUCUUAGUUUCUCAGGAUCUGAAAUUGAUAAAUUGCCAGCUGAAUUGAGCCAGUUAGCUAAGCUACAAAUUUUUGACAUAAGUAAUUGUUUUAAACUUCGACAGAUUCCUGUUGAUGUGUUGUCAAAGUUGGAUGAUUUGGAAGAGUUGUAUGUGGGAAAUAGCCCUAUUCAAUGGAUAGAUGGGAGACAGGGGAAUUCUAUUCUUUCUGAGCUGAGGAAAUUGGACCAUUUAACAACACUAGACAUACAGAUCCCAGAAAUUACCCAUAUGCCUAAGCACUUGUUCUUUGACAAGUUGCAUAGUUACAAUAUUGUCAUCAGAGAUUCUGAUGAUUCUUCCGUAUGGGAUAUUAAGAUGCUAGAGAUGUGUGAAACAUCAAGAUUUUUGGCACUUCAACUAGAAAACGGGUUUGACAUUCACCACCGAAAGGACAUCAAAAUACUUUUCGAAAGAGUUGAAAAUUUGUUGUUGGGACAGCUAAAUGAUGUUGAAGAUNUUUUCUAUGAAUUGAAUUAUGAAGGAUUUCCAUAUCUAAAGNAUUUGUCCAUUGUGAGUAACUCCAAANUUAAGNCCNUCAUCAAUUCAGAGAACCAAAAACAUCUUGAGAAAGUAUUUCCCAGAUUAGAGUCGUUGUUUCUUCAUGAAGUCAACAACAUGGAGCAUAUAUGCAACAGUCAACUUACCAGUGAUUCGUUUUGCAAAUUGAAAAUCAUCAAGCUUAAUAUGUGUGGUCAAUUAAAGUGUGUCUUCUUCUCUUCUACAAUUAAACAUCUUUCUGCACUUGAAGUAAUUGAAGUUUCUGAGUGUAACACUCUGAAGGAGAUUGUUACCUCAGAAGCGGAAAACAGGGAACAAAUUAUCUUUCCUGAAUUGCGUUCUUUGACAUUACAAUCUUUGUAUGAAUUGAUUGGAUUCUACACCUAUGGUGUGUCAAUGGGAGAGCAAGUGUCAAAUGAACUCUUUGAUAAGAAGGUUACUAAUUGCAUGUCAAUGGAAGAGAUAUUUGACCUAAAAGAUUGCCAAAAACAAGAUGUUGAAGAUAUGAUCAGAUUGCAAAAUGUUCAUGCAGAAGUAUUGCCAAAAUUGCAGCAUGUAUGGAAUAAGGACCCCAAAGGCAUUCUUAAUUUAAAAAAUCUGAAAAAAAUAAGGAUUCAAGAAUGUCUGAACUUGAAAUAUAUAUUUCCAGUCUCAACAGCCAUGAGCCUCGAAGAACUUGAAUACCUUGAGGUCUGGAAUUGUGGUGAAUUGAAGGAAAUUGUUUCCAGGGGAGAAACAAACAACGUAAGUAGCAUUUCAUUUGAAUUUCCAAAAUUAACCACUGUCAGAUUUUCGAAACUACCAAGUCUUGAGGGAUUUUAUGGGGGAGCACAUGAAUUGCACUGUUCAGCAUUGAUUAACUUGUGCGUGGAACGUUGUCAUAAGCUCAAACUUUUCAGUAAAGAAAACACAAAUUCAGAAAUAAAGCCAGUCUUCUUACCUGAAAAGUUAAUACCUUCUAUAAGCCAUGGUGAAGAUAUGACAGGGGUUGUUCCAAAGCUAAAAAGCUUAAAGGCUCUUGAUCCAACCAAUGUAGUAGCCUCCAAUCCUUACAAGCCACUCGAGAACUCUCGAUUGAAGAUUUUGAAGCUGGCAAAUUGUGAACUUGGAUCGCAUGCCAUUCCAACUGAUGUUUUUCCCAGUUUGAAGAACUUGGAAGAAUUGGAAGUUAGCAACACAAAUGUAGAGGCAAUAUUUGAUAUAAUGAAUGAUGAGAUGAAGGGAUAUAUUUUGUCAUUGAAGAAGAUGACUUUAGAUAAACUGUCAAAAUUGACACAAGUAUGGAAGGAUAAGAAUCCUCAAGCAAGUUUUAAAUUUCAAAAUUUGCGAGAAGUGAUUGUUAAUAAUUGUAAAAUUCUUGAAACACUCUUUCCUAUAGAGCUGGCUAAAAGAGUUAAGAAGCUUGAAAAACUUAAAAUAGGUUACUGUAAAAAGUUUUCAAGAAUUGUUGAACAGGAGAAUGCAAUCACAGAAGCAACAACGGAAUUUUCAUUCCCUCGUUUAACCUCACUGAAUUUGUGUAUGUUACCACAACUCAGUUGCUUUUAUCCUAAAAGGUUUACAAUGGAGUGCCCCCAUUUGAAGCAUUUAGAGGUGUUAUUUUGUGGUGACUUUGAGACAUUUCAAAUUCAUCAAGAGGCACAAAGUUCUACUUCAGUUAAUAGACAACCUCUUUUCUAUGAAGAAAAGGCUAAUUUCAUUUUGGAGUCCGUGAAGCUGGAUUGGAAAAACACUAUGAUACUACUUAAUGGAAAAUUUCCAUUUGAAAUGUUUCAUCAAUUAGUCCAAUUUGAAAUACAUUUUGCUGAUGCUAAUGAGGUACAGGGUUUCCCUGAGCAGUUACUUGAGAAGAUUCCUAAUGGAGAAUAUUUACAAAUAAGCAAGUAUUCUGGUUUUGAGAAGUUAUCUACAUCUCAUCCUGAACAAGAGAAAAUAGUGGCAAAAGAGCAAGGUGAAACAACUUCAGGAGAGUUCAAAUUGCAGCAGCUAUGCAGUGUAUCUUUGUCUGAUUUAUCAAGCUUGGAAUGUUUUUAUUCUGGAAAUCGCACUUUGCAGUUACCCUCUUUGAUAGAAGUGCGCAUGAUUGAGUGCCCGAAGAUGGAAAUUUUCUCUCAAGGAUCAGUGGGUCCGAAUUUGUGUAGGGAAAUUAGAACUUCCUAUACCUCAAAUAAUGGAUUGGUCAUCGUGCAUGAUGAUCUUAACUCCACUCUCAAAAAGGUUUUUCUACAACAGAAUCAUAUAGUUUUCGGGUAUUCUCUUAUGUUGCAAGAGAUAUGGAAAUCAGAGACACUCCCAGAAGGGUAUUUCCACAAUUUAACUUCUAUGUGCGGAGAUGUAAGUAAUUCUCUAAAGGCAGUAUUUAUUCAUACUAAGAUCACUAAUAUGCAACCUCAAGGAAGUCUUGCUCAUCUGGACGAACUUCAUGUGGAAAACUGUGUAGAGUUGGGGACAAUUGUUGCAAAGGUUGAAGCAGAAAUUGAUGAAGCUAAUAAACAGAUAGCUAUAUUCUCCACCAUAACCUUGUUGAGGCUAUCGAAUUUGCCAAACCUAAGGUUACUCCCUGCUUUAAUUACUCUUCCUCUGAAGGAAUUGGUUUUAUUGUACUUGCCAGAUCUGGAGAAUGUUUGGAACAAAGAUCCUCCUCAUAGAAUUUUAUGCAUGCAACAUCUAAAAAAAGUAAAAGUUAAGGAAUGUGAAAGCCUUAGAAGCGUGUUUCCAGCAUCUGUAGCCAAAGAUCUUAAACUUGAAGAUCUAGUAAUAGAAGAGUGUGAGAGAUUGGUGGCAAUUGUUGCAGAGGAUAAUACAGAUCCAAAUCAAUAG